GCUCUGUUCGCCCCGCCCUUCCUCAACGCUGAUUGGCCGAGACGUGUCAGCGCUGAUUGCUACUGGAUCGUCCGGUUGUCAGUUUUAUCUUCCAGCUCUGAAUACCGCUCGGCCGGGGAGGCAUGAAGACUGGAAGAUAAACGGGAUACAUCGCUGCUGGAUACACGGAAGAAGAGCACGAGAGGACGCUCUCUGAUAUGCUGUGCUUGAGUCAAAAUGAAUGAGCGUCAGACCCACGUGAAGCUCAGCGAGGAGAAGCUGAUACUAAAGUCUGACAUCCUGUCGCUGCUGAGGACCUACAACUGUUACCACGAAGGGAAAAACUUCCAGCUGAGGACUCGGGAGGAGGAUGGAGAGCUUAUCCUUGAAGGGUUGCUGAACAUCUACUGGGGUCUGCGUCGACCAAUCAGACUUCAGAUGCACGACGACAAUGAAAGAUUUCGUCUCAACCGAAAUGACAUGUCCUCCUUGAUAAAGCAGUUUUCAGAGGAGGCCAAUAAUAAUUCAGUUGGCAGUGAAAGCAGAGCAGCCGGCGAUGACGUCGGCGGUCUGGAGGACGAGGAUUCACCGCAGCUGCUGAGGACAAGAAGUGAUGCUUCCUUCAUGCGUGUGCAGAGAAGGUCAAACACGCGCACCGCCAGAGACCUGCACCGCCUGCGCUCACAUAGGUUCUCAAUCAACGGACACUUUUACAACCACAAGACAUCUGUAUUUACACCGGCGUUCGGCUCGGUGACUAAUGUACGAGUGAACAGCUCAAUGACGACUAUACAAGUCCUCCACCUGCUGCUACACAAGUUUAGGGUGGAGAAUAAAGCUGAAGAGUUUGUCCUCUACAUGGUGCACGAGUCUGGUGAGAGGACCCGACUGAGGGAUGGCGAAUACCCGCUGGUUGCUCGUGUGCUUUACGGACCCUGUGAGAAAAUCUCCAAGAUCUUAAUCACGGAGGUCGACCUGGGAGAGGAAGUCACUUAUGAUGUGGCCCAAUACAUAAAGUUUGAGAUUCCUGUUUUAGACAGCUUUGUGGAGAAACUGAAAGAGGAAGAGGAGCGCGAGAUAAACAAACUAACCAAAAAGUACAGUGCUCUGAAGUCAAUGAUUCAACAUCAACUGGAAGGCAAAGACCACACCAGCGACAGAGUAUGAAUGUGUCUGUAUACGUGUACGGAUGGUGACCUGUUUGAAUGUGUGUGAGGGGACGGGUUAGAUGCAACACUAGGACUGUUGAUUUACGAUGGUAAUAUAUGUAAACUGUAGUGCAGUGGUUCUCAACUGGUCUAGCCUCAGGACCCACCACCACCUCCUUAAUUAGAAGUCGUGACUCAAAUUUCUGAAAAUAUUCAACCACUCAGAUUUAUUUUUGAAGAUUAAUUUUGGCGCUUUUUGUGCCUUUAAUGGAGAGAUAGAAGAGUGGAUAGAGCUGGAAAUCAGGGAGAGAGAGUGGGGAAUGACAUGCGGGAAAGGAGCCACAGGUUGGAUUUGAAACUGGGCCGCCCGCUUUUGAGGACUAUAGCCUCCAUACAUGGGGCGCACUCACUAACCACUGCGCCACCAACGCCCCCACUCAGAUUUAUUUAAUGAAAGAUAAUGCAGUUUGGACCUCAGACAGAACUAAAUGUUACAGAAAAAGAAGCUGCAACUUUUUUUUUUUCCAGGCACACGUUGCGACCCAAUGAAAACAGCUCCGCGACCCACUUUUGGGUCCCAAUCCACCUGUUGAGAACCACUGCUGUAGUGAAUGUACAGGUAAAGGCAAAAUGAUAAAGGCCGCAAUAGAACCAUAUCAGACACCGAUGUGCUUCUCUUUUAGAAUUACAAAUCUCAACAUUUUGUAAGAUCUGUUUUUUAACGUUAGAAGUUUAUCACUGCUUUGAUAUCUCUGCUAUUAUUCACGUUUCAUGUACAAUUCUUACUGCAACUUUUAAUAUUUAUACAAGCUGUUUUUUUCUGCAAUGUUUUCUAAGACUUGGACCUUUUUUGUAAUAAAUCUAAGUGUGGCCUUUAAAAAAAAUGCUGUUGGAUCUCUGCUGACAACAAACACAACUUUAACAUCCCAAAAAGAAAACAGACCGUUUUUAUUAUUUCCUGUAUUUCCACUGAGACGGGAGCCCAGAUUAGCAUUGUUUUACUGAGUGACCCUCUGUGCCAGCUAGUUCCCAUGAGCUCUGUGUGUUUGUGUGUUUUACUCGUGUGUGUGUGUGAGUGUAUAUGUGUGUGCCUAUCAACAUUACACAAUGGUGGUAUCCUGAGAGAGGAGUGCUGUUCCUUGUUCCCACAGUCUCACAAACAGAAAGUCUGUUGUAUCAGCCUUGACCUUAAACAUUGACUCCUAGUCAGUUGACAAUUACGAUUUGAUUAAUCAGAUAAUAAUAACAAUAAUAAAACCUCCCUCUUAAAGACACAA